AUGAUUUCUGUUGAAAGCGUUAGUUCACAUGGAUUUUCAAGACCUCGUUCAUUCACUAAACACUCUCGAGGUAAUACUAAAAACCUCCCUUCUUUAAAUCCAGCAAAACUUAUUCCUUUAAGAAGAUUAACUAUUGACUCAUCACAAAUUAAUACACCUAAUGAUUUAGCAAGACGUCAACCUUCAUUCGAGUUAAGUUCAAAACUGUCAUUAAUUUCUAGUCCAGAAAAUAAUGUUAUGAUAAGAAGAACAAUAUUAAAAAUUAUUCAAGAAAUUAAAGACAUAAUUAAAGUUAUCAUUUCUAUAGAAAAACAAUGUGUUGGCAUUAUUAAUAGAAUAUCUAAAAACAAAGAAUUUGAUAAAGGAUUAAAUUUAACUGAUAAAGAAAAAUCUAUUGUUCUUGAGUUUGACAUAAAAGAAUUUGACAAAGAUGAAUUUAUUCAAUACAAAGAAGAUCUCAUUCAUUCAAUUAAUAUUUUUGAAGAAAUACUUACUGCACUUAAAAUAUCAAUAUUAAGUCUUCAAAAUACAAUAAAAAAAUCAUUUAAUCCAAUAGUACUCUCUUUUAGUGUUGAAGUUAUUGAUAAAUUUACUCAAUUUAAUAAAAAUAUUCAAACAACUAUUAUUAAUUUUAGAAAUUGGUGUAAUAAAUCAUUAAUUCAUCAAAAAGUUUAUCAAAAAAAUAAUACAAUUUCAUUAGAAGAUCUUAUUUGUAAUUGUGCUGAAUUUAUAAGUAUUUGUAUUAGAUUAUUUGAAUCAGAUAGAAUAGGUAUAGAACAAACAAUUGAUCUAGAAGACGUACUUAUUCAAUUUAAAGGAACAACUUCUUAUAAAAUUGGUGAUAAUGAGUCAAUUAGUUUAAGUGAACUUACAUGGAUAAAAUCAAACUUAAUAACAGCUUCUUCAUUUACUUCUCAAUUAUCUCAAAGUGUUGAUGGAUUAAAUUCAUUUCUUAAUUAUCAUGAUAUUCUUAAUUCACUCAAAGCUGCACGUUAUUGGAAUACAUCCCUAGAAAUAUAUGACCCUAUAAUAAAUCAAAUAAAUGAGUACUCAAUUAUUCAUGCUGGAACAGCGUUUUUACGUUUACAAACAAAUGAUGAAAUUUGCAGAUAUCAAAAAUGUUAUUUAUAUUAUUUAAAGAUAGGACUAUUAAUUUUGUUAUCAUACGCUGGUAACACAUUUUUACCAUGUGACUUUAUAAGUGCUAAAAGGUUGGUUAGUGCUGAUAUUGAAAUUGAUAUCCCUCAAGACCAUACUUUUGCAGGAGAUCUUCAUAUCUUAACAAAAGAUUCAAAUUAUCGUAAAACAUUUUGUUUCUCCUUUCAACACGAGAGCGAUAUUAUUGAAUGGACCAAUCAACUUAAAGAAACCCUUUCAUCUCUUGACGUUCCAACGACUCCAAAUUUUGAGCUAGGAAAUCCUAUAUCAACCAAAUUCUUUAAUAAAAAAGUUAUUAUUAAGAAAAGUAAAUAUGUAGGUUCUUCUAUUGAAGAAUUAGUUCAAUUUCAACAAUUUAGUUCCUGUCUUGAUAAUGUUCCAGAUGUAUUAAAUAAAUGUAUUAAUGAAAUUAUUAAUAAAGGACUUACUGAAGAUGGACUAUUUAGAAAACCACCUGAUCAAUACCAACUAGAAGAAUUAAUAAAAAAAUUAAAUGAUUCUGAUUUCAGAAAUGAAUUAAAAUUAACAGAAUAUCCAGUUGGAACUAUUUGUGGAUUAUUAAAAAGUUUAUUAAUGGAAAUGAAUCCUAGAUUUAUUAAUGGAGAAUCAUAUAAACUCUUUUCAGAUAUAUCAAAAAAGAAAGGAAUUAUUGAACAAAGAGAACAAAUCAAAUUUUUUAUUGAGUCAUUAAACAACGAACAUAGAAAUACUUUAUCUAGAUAUUUAUUUUUAAUGAAUGUUAUUGCUGUUAAUCAAAGACUAAAUAGAAUGGGAGAGUCAAAUCUCUCAACUGCUAUUUGUCAAUGCUUUUUACCACCAAAACAAUCAGUUGAUUUUGCAUCAUUAGAAAAUGAUUCAUUUGAGUGUUUAAUUAAUAAUUAUGAUUUAUUUAUGCCUUCUAAACUUGAACAUCCAAUACAAACACCAUCACUUUUUAGUCUUAUUAAAAAACAAACCAAAACAAGUAAUACUAUUAUAAUAGGCUGUUUCAAUGAAACAAAAAAUAUUAUUUGGUUAUUAGAAUUUGAUGGAACAUUAACAGAAAUUAAUGUUAAUACUUUACAAUCAUCAAUUACUAAAUUAAAUCUUCCAUUCAAUACUAUAAAACAAAUAGAGUCAUAUGAUAAAUAUAAUGUCAUUGCAUCGAAUACUUCUUUAUUAACAAUUGAUGUAGAAACUAAAGAAAUAAUUCAAAUGGUUAAAAGAAAAGAAAUAAACUGUUUAAUGGUUCUUAAUAAUAAUAUCGUUAUUGGAGAACAAAAUGGAAUGAUUGAAAUGUUUGAAAUUCCAACAUUAAAAAAGAAAAUUGAAUUAUUUGUUAUACCAAAAAAACUUGAUGCAUCACAAAAAAUACCAUCAAUCAUUCAAAUUACUGGGAAUGAAGAAGUAAUUUAUGUAUUAUAUGAAAAUAAUUGUGAAAUUGGAUUUGUUUCUAUGACAAAUGGUUCAUUAAUACAAACUAUUACAUUAUAUAAUCAACCAAAAAUUACUUGUUUUUGUUAUGUAGAAGAAAACCAAACUCUAUGGGUUGCAAAUAAUGAUGGUAAUAUUAAAAUAUUUAAUGGAGAUAAUGGAAUAAUAAUAGAAGAAUAUAAAUAUCCAUUAACUUAUGGAAGUGUUGUAUUUAUUGCUUCAAUACCAAAACAUAUAGUUGUUGUAUUCAAUUCAUCACAAAUUUUAUUAUUUAAUUUAGAUACUAUUUCAUUAGUUUGUUCAAUAUCAAAUAAAUAUUUUAUUACUUCUAAAUGGACAAAAUUAGUUAAAAGAAAUUAUCAUGAAAAAGUUUAUUGGAAUUUGUGGUUAGAAAAAGAUGGUAAUGGAGAUAUUGGUAUUAUAGACAUUGGUCCAUUUAAUGACUUUUCAGUUACUGAUGAAAGGUUAAUAAAAAUAGAAUAUAAAUUUCAUAACAACUAUAUUGAACAUUCACCAAUAGGUCAUUCUUUUAAUAUUGUUUCAAUUGACACUAACAAAAAAUGUUGUGUUUGUCAAAAAAAUAUUGAACAAAACUCUUGUCAAUGUAUUAAUUGUAAUCAAUACCUUCAUCAAAAUUGUAUUAGUACUUUUAUUGGAACUGAAUGCAAAGGAUAUUUCAAAGUUACACAUGAAAUAAUCAAUCAUUCAAAAUAA